AGGAGCCUCGGGGAUUCAACUGUGUGGGGGUUCUACGAGAUGCUGAAACCCAAACUGAUGAUUGCUGACCCAGAGCUUGUCAAAGCAGUCCUGAUCAAGGACUUCGACCACUUCGUCGACCGUCGAAUAUUCAACUUAACCUCAGACAGGGAUGAGAUCAUCAAUGAGAUGCUGACACAAGCCACAGGGACCCACUGGAAAGGCAUCCGCUCCGUGCUGUCUCCCAGCUUCACAUCCGGCCGGAUGAAGGGAAUGUAUCCACUCGUGGAGCAGAAGGCUGAUGCUCUGUUGGAUUACAUUCACAAAAAGUUAAAGACCAAAACAUCCAUUAAGCUGAAGAAAUGUUUUGGUCUCUAUACCCUAGAGGUCAUCUCAUCCUGCGCCUUUGGCAUGGACACCAACUCACUCAGAGACGGCCAUUCCACAUUCAACACACAGGUGGAAAAUAUUUUCAAGACCAGCACAAUCAGAAUGAUCAAAAUGAUAUUCCUCUUACACUUCCCCAAGCUCAGCAACGUCCUGAAGAUGAGCUUCACCCAGCCUGAGGUAUUCUUCUUCAGGGACGUGGUAACAGAGACCAUUAAGCAGCGAGAAGCAGGAGGGAAGAGAGGAGACUUCCUGGAUCUCAUGAUGGAGUCCAGAGACCACCAGAGUGGCCCCACCUCCAAGACUUCUAAAUAUCCACUGAAGAUGAGUACGAUAGUAGCUGAGAGCAUCCUGUUCAUCCUAGCUGGCUACGACAACACAGCCAGCACAAUCUCCUUUGUCGCCUUCCUCCUAGCUCAGCACCAGUCCCAGCAACAGCGCCUUCGUCAGGAACUGAGAGAGAUCGCUGUGGAUGGAACAAUCACCUACCAAGAUCUCAUGGAGGCCAAAUACCUGGAUGCUUGCAUCUCAGGUGUGUCUUGCACUAUACGCAAUUUUGGGCAUGGGUAUGACAGGGCCUCACGAAGGUGGGAGGGAUGCUGGGGUGCCAGUAGUGGCUGGCUGAGAAGCAGGACUCAGGAGCUGAGACUCGAUCCCCUCCAACCACAAGUACCUACAUGCACCAGUCAUCAAUAGAAAUAAUAAUAAUAAUAAUAAUAAUAAUAAUAAUAAUAAUAAUAAUUUUAAUUAUCAAAAGAAUACAACUGUUACUACUAGUGCUUCUACAACUAUCACUAUUACAACUAUCACUACCAAACAGUUUCGUUGGUUUCAAACAGUUUCGUUGGACAAUAAAGCAGACUGUAAACGGGUGGGGUUGUAGGCGCCCUUAUAAACACAAACAUUAAAAAUCAGGAACGUGACGGUAAGCUGUCCAAUAUACAAAAAGAGUUAGAAACAGAAAUACAAAUAGCUAGAGCUUCAUUUAAGGUUAUUAAUAUAAUAUUCAAGAGGUUGCUAGUAGAAUUGCAGUAAAUCAACCAUUCAAAUCAUUAUGAAGCUGUGUGUAGUCUGUGGUCAGUCAAACAAACGGGCUUCCACAUGGAU